AGGAGGACGAGGUGGAGGUCGAGGACGAGGACGAGGAGGACGAGGUGGAGGACGAGGUGGCGGCGGGGUACACAUGGACUUUGACGAGCCACCCUCCGCUUCUGGCGACGUGGCUCCUGAGUUGUACCUAGAGGGUCCGUCUAGUGGGGAGGUGGAGAUGGAGACGGAGUCUACACACGAGUCGGACUCUAGGGCUGAGUUGGAGGUGAUGGAGGAUGGGGGUGCGCCGAAGCCCUUGAAGCUUCGUGGAGAAGCUAGAGUCCCCGAUGCGAGGAAGGAGCCGAAGACCCAUGAUGACAAGGCCCUUAUCAUUCCUUCGAGCGAUGACAACUGGACAUGGGAUGCCAAGCCCCCCGUAUGCCUAACAGCUUGCUUGGGGCUCUGA